AUGGGAAUUCAAAAUACUGAACAAGCAAAUACUCAAAAUAAUGUUUCAAAACGUUUAGAAUUUCAAAAUCGUGAAUUAAUCAUUGAACAAUUAAAUCAAGCAAUUCGUCUUUUAUCGAAAGAUCAACGUGCUCUUAAUGUUUUAAAAACUGAAGUUGAACAUCAAAUUAAAGAAAAAGAAGAAAGAAUUAAACAAUAUAUAUAA